UCGUUUUCUUGAAAACCUCACAAUUUGCAGAUUAAAAUAACUGAAAAUUUUUGUUUUAAACAAAGACCCUCAGGCGUCGCGUUGACGAACUUCAUUUCUCCGCUUCUGUUGUUGUUCUUCCGAUUCGACUACUGAGAAAACAACUGAUCAGAUCCAAGUUUCUGCUCGUAGAUCUCAAAUCAUCUUUGAAAGGGAGAGAAAAAAAUGUUUACUCUCAGGGUUGUAGGAGGGCUUGUCAUCGUUCUUCUUCUAAAGAAACUCUUCGACAAAAGAACUGAUGCUUCUGCAAAGGGUAAGAACGAGGCAGCAGCAUCAACUGCCACACAGGAGAGUGAUUCCUCUUCUUCUUCUUCACCGCUUCCCUCUUCUGGAAAGAACGACGCAGCAGCAUCAUCAUCUGCCACACAAGAGUGCGAUUCCUCUUCUUCUUCUUCAUCGCUUCCCACUUCUGGAUGGGUUUACGAGGUGUUCUUGAGCUUUGGAGGUGAGACUCGCACCCACUUCACCGACCACCUUUACAACGCUCUUCUCGAUAUUGGAAUCCGCACGUUCAGGGACAACGAAGAACUCCUAAUCGGAGAGAAGAUCGAUGAGGCGCUUCGCUCUGCGAUCCACCGGUCCAAAAUGGCCAUAGUCAUCUUCUCAAAAGACUAUGCUACCAGCAAAUCGAGCCUUGGUGAAGUUGCAGAGAUUGCGGAGUGUAUGGAAUUGAGACAAAUAAGAGUGAUGCCCGUUUUCUACAAUGUAGAUCCAUCAGAGGUCCGAAACCAGACUGGUUCCUAUGAGACUGCCUUUGUGGACCACAAGAAGAAUUUCAACCAGGAGACUGUUGAGGGGUGGAAGAAGGCUCUGAGAAAGGUUGGUGGAUUGAAAGGAUGGGAUCUGGAGAAUAGUCCCGAUAGAUACGAAGGGAAAUUAGUAAAAUUAAUUGUUCAACAAGUGGCGUCUGAAUUAGAAAAUAAUGACUUGAUUCUUCCUGGCAACAUGGUCGGAAUGGAUGCUCAUAUAGAAAAAAUGUUGAAGUUGCUAGACAUUGAAUCUAAUGAUAGACAAAUUGUGGGUAUUCUUGGUUUAGGUGGCAUUGGUAAGACAACAAUUGCCAAGUGUGUGUAUAAUGCAACCUAUCGUCAUUUUGAAGGAUAUAGCUUUAUAGCAAAUGUCCGAGAAACUUUCCAACGUGGGGAAGUUGUCUAUUUGCUAAGUAAACUUGUCACUGAUAUCUUGAACCUAGAAAAUCCAAGCAUUGCCAAUGUUGAUCAAGGAAUUGAUAUGAUUAGGCAAAGAUUAUCCAAUAAAAAAGUUCUUAUUGUUCUUGAUGAUGUGGAUGAAAUUACUUAUUUAGAAGCAAUAAUUGGGAAGCGUGACUGGUUUGGUUUUGGAAGUAAGAUUAUUAUUACAACUAGGGAUAGGCUUAUCUUAGAUGAUCUUGAAGCAGAUGGAAUUUAUGAGCCCAAUGAAAUGGAUUUAGAUCAAUCUCUAAAACUUUUCAGCAAUCAUGCCUUUAGGAUGGACGAACCUCCAGAAAAUUAUUUGGAUCUCUCAAUAGAAGUGGUAAAAACUACUGCUGGACUUCCUUCGGCACUUGUAGUUAUAGGUUCAACUUUAUUUGGUCGUGAACAAAUAGCAUGGAAAGAGACAAUACAUAAGUUAGCCAAAAGACCAAACAAGGAAGUGCUCCAGAAGUUGAGAGUAAGUUAUGAUGGAUUAAGUUUUGAAGAGAAAGAGAUAUUUCUUGAUAUUGCUUGUUUCUUUAUUGGAAUGGAUAAGAAUAUUGCAUGCUACAUAUGGGAUGACUGUGGAUAUUUCCCCGAAGUAGGAAUUGAAAUUCUUCGUCAAAAGUCAUUUGUUAAGAUUAGUGAAGAAAAUGAGUUAAAGAUGCAUGAUCAGCUAAGAGAUCUCGGAAGGGAAAUUGUUCUUCAAGAAAACUUUGAGGUUGGAAAACGUAGUAGAUUGUGGUCACAUGAGGACGUAUUGGAAGUGUUGACUACUUCAAAGGGAACUAGAAACGUUAAAGGACUCAGUAUUAAUUUCCAUGAUAGGGUAAAUAGCCAAUGUCUGAUGAUUGAAGGAUUUGCUGCUAUGACUAGACUAAGGUUACCUCAGGUCGACUAUGCCAAGGUUGCUGGAAAGUUGGUGUAUUCAUUUCCAGAAAUGAGAUGGCUUAGUUGGAAAAGAUGCCCUAUACAAUUUACACCAACCAAUCCAUGGAAAUUGUGUGUUCUUGAUCUAUCAGAUAGUGACAUCACAGAGGGCUGGAAGAUUUGGAACUAUAUCAAGGAGGCAAAAAAUCUUAAAGUUCUCAACUUGAGUAGUUGUGUUGAACUAUCCCGGAUUCCAGAUUUGUCAGAAAAUAAACAAUUGGAGAUAUUGAUUCUUGAAGACUGUAGAAAGUUGGCUACAAUUGGAGGUAUUGGUGAUCUUAAGAAGUUAGUCAAAUUGAAUGUGAAGGGUUGCAGCAGUGAAUUGUAUCUCCCAGCCAGCAUUUUCGAGUUGAAUUCUCUCGAAACACUUGAAAUUGGAAAUGCAAGAAUCAGCCAGUUGCCAGGAGCUGGAUCUUCUCUUCGGUCGCUCAUUUUCUUUCCACGAUUGAUUAUAUUGCCAGAAGAAAGGGAUGCUCGGUCAGAUCAUGGACCCAUAUCUGAAGGGGAAGAUUGAACCAGAGUGCUUCAAGAAGUUUGCAGAGACAGCAGAGAAGUGUGUGGUAGAAGCAGUGGGAUUACAAUGAGCAUUAGAGGCCAAAGUCAUACGAGUGAAGCUUCAGAUGGUUUGACACCCAGUCAAGUGUUCUCACAGAUCAUGAACCCUAAAGGACGUUAAGGUUUGUGCAGGCAGAGAGAAGUGAAGUCCAAUUUCAUGACGCAGGAGUUGGUGCUUGCUCUGUUGUUUGUGGUCGUCGCAGAAAUUGUGGGGGCAGGGGAGUCGAUAUCAGAGGCGUUCGGGUGGCUUUUCUAGCUUCAUCUCAGAUUGGAAGGAACUCAAAAGCGCUGAUGGUGGAGGCUUCUGCUUCGGCUUGGAUUCUCCAAGAGAUGGCAAUGAUUGAUGCUUUGGCGGUUGAUACAGAAAAUAAAGUUAGAGAUACGAAGAAUUUCUCUAAAUAUGUUCAUGCCGAUGGUUAGACUAGAAAGUUUGGAAGGAUUGCAUUUUAAAAAAUCAACGUUGUUCUUGUGAAGGCUUGCUCUUCUUCAAAGGUGCAGCUUUUUGAAAGGCCUAGAUUUCCCUUUCUAGGUGAUGUGUCAUUGUGUGUGUCUUAUUGCCAGUGAGCUCUCCCUGCUGCUGGUAAUGCCUUGGGUGGAAUCUGGCCUCUAGUUUUUUGAUAUUCUUUAAUUUUUUUUUUUUUUUAAUACAAAUGACCCUUCAUCGAAAAGAAGAUUAUGUGUUACUUUGGUCGUUGGAAUUGGUUGUUGAUUAUUAUG